UGGAGCAGGGCAGCAGGCACCUUGAGGUCUUAGGCUUCCAAGCGACAGCAUGAACCAUACAGCUACAGGAUAAUCUACGGUUGCCCUUGCCCACACCUCUUCUCUACAUUAUCGUAUCUUUGUCUGUCUGUCUGUCCAUGGUUUGCAAAGACACAAGAUGACGGCCGAAGUCGUGUUUGCAAGAGGACACGCCAUUCCUGCAUUAACUCCAUGGCAAUCUUCUUCAACGAAGAGAAAGUCAAAACCUACUCAGUUUUUACAUUUCACCGUUCGGGCUUGUCAUUCCAUUGAUGACAAGAACAGGGUCUAUAAGCAACUGGGUCUAUUUUCAUUGAAAAAGAAGAUUGAAGAUAUCAUUCUCCGAGCUGAGAUGUUGGCACCAACUGCCCUCGAACUUGAAGAAGCAAGGAGAAUCAAGCAAGAACAAAUGAUACGUGAUUAUAAUCUAUGGGAUGACCCUGUUAAAUCCAAUGAAAUUCUUGUCAAGUUGGCUGAUAGUGCCAAAAUGGUUGAUGCUCUCAAAGAUUUAAAGUAUAAGGCUGAAGAAGCAAAGCUGAUCACACAGUUGGCUGAGAUAGAUGCUGUCAAUUACAGCCUCUUUGAGCAAGCAUAUGAUGCAUCUUUAGUUGUUAGUGAUUUGUUAGAUAAAUAUGAGGUAUCGAAGCUCCUUAGGGGGCCAUAUGACAUGGAGGGUGCAUGUGUCAUCAUCAAAGCUGGAUCAGGAGGCAACAAAUCUGAGGUGUGGGCUGAACAACUUCUUAGCAUGUAUAUCAAGUGGGCCGAAAAGCAAGGUUAUAGGGGUAGACUUGUCGAGAAGAACCUUUCUGCAGAUGGUGGUAUCAAGUCAGCAACUAUUGAGUUCGAAUUUGAGUAUGCUUAUGGUUAUCUUUCGGGAGAGAGAGGUGUCCAUUUCAUGAUAAGAAGUUCUCAAAAGGGAUCUGUUCGCCGUGAGGUUAGCUCAGUAGGUGUGGAUGUCGUUCCUGUUUUCCUCGGAUCAACUCCUGACCUCCAAAUCAGUGAUGAGGAUUUGAUUCUUUCAGCCCCUCUGUUGCUUGGAGAAAAUAAGAGCCUGACUGCAUAUACAGUUUGCGUUCAGCAUAUCCCUACUGGCAUAACUGUCCAAUCUUCAGGUGAGAGGAGCUACUUUGCCAAUCAAAUCAAAGCGCUCAACCGAUUGAAGGCCAAACUUCUUGUCAUAGCAAAUGAGCAAGGAGUCUCCACUGUUAGUAGCAUCAAGGCGGAUGCCUUUGUGGAUGUGUGGGAAAAGGAGACUCGGAGGUACAUGUUUCACCCCAGCAAGCUAGUGCAAGAUAUAAAAACCGGCCUUGAGUUGGCUGACCUAAAUUCUGUUCUGGAUGGAAAUAUUGAACCUCUUAUUGGAGCUCAUAUCAACAUUAGACAGCCAAAUUGUACAAUCUAAAUUCACAUUGUGUACUUGUACUCCUACAACUGAAACAUUUUAUUGCAUGCAUAUGAUUUGAAAAUAUAAACCUGAUGUACAAUUUCAUCUAUCAGUUUUAUGAACACAUGCUUGAUCAAAGAACAGGCUGAAUAUAUAUAGCUUAUUGCAAUUUCUACUCCA